AAUCCUGCUCUCCCUAGCCCUAGAGUGCUCAAACCAUGUCUCUCGCACGGUCGGCUAGUGGCCCCGGCGGGCUCAGCAUCAACACAGGCUCCGCGAAUCUCUUUGGUUCCAGUACGAGCCAACCGCCGGCCGGUGGGGGACUCUUCGGUACUGCUGCAACCUCCCAGCCGGCGCAAUCGGGUUUGUUCGGCACGGCAUCCUCGCAGCCCCAGCAGAGCGGCGGCCUGUUCGGCUCGGCAACCACACAAACACCCGCGUCGCAACCACAACAAACCGGUGGCCUGUUUGGUCAAGCCUCGACGAGCCAACCUCAGCAGACGGGCGGACUCUUUGGUUCGUCGACGACGGGGCAACAACAACAAGCACCGCAAGCGACGGGAGGAGGGCUGUUUGGGGGCAGCACAGCAACACAACCGACGCAGUCUGGGGGCUUAUUUGGGACAACGACCCAGACACAGCCGGCACAGGGUGGGGGGCUGUUUGGCGCCUCGACCGCGCAGCAACAACAACAACCGACCGGAGGGCUUUUCGGCGGCUCGACAGCAAAUACCGGCGGCAUGUUUGGUAAACCGGCAACGACAGCCGGCGGCGGCCUCUUUGGCCAGACUGCAAAACCCCAGACAGGUGGCUUGUUCGGCCAAUCUCAGCAGCAGAGCCAAACGUCCGGGUUGACCAUGGGCCAAUCAGUCAACCAGCAGCAGCAGGUCGUUCCCGGCGUGCGCAUCGAUCUGAGCAACAUCCGGUCUACAACGCGGUUUAACGACCUGCAGGAGACAUUGCAGCAAGAGAUUGCCAUGAUCGACGAGGCCAUCCAAAAGUGCAUCCAGGACCGGGACGCCGUCGACGCCUUCCUCCCAAAGCACGCCGAGCAGCUCUCGGCCAUUCCAUCUGACGUCAGCUUCGUGAGCCGCAAAUCUGAGGGCGCGCACAACGCCCUGUCGAGCGACGUCGUGGCCAUCAACCAGCUGCGCGAGCUGGUCAAGACGGACGCCGACAACGCGCGCCUGUCGUUCAAGGCCAUCGACAACCUCAAGCUGCCCGUGCAGUACCACCAGGCCGGGCUGUGGUCGACCAGGGGUGGGCAGGCCGCGUCUGCUGCGGCGGGGUCCGCCGAGGAAGCCCAGAGCAACACGGAUUUGAUCUCCUUCUUUUCCAAGACGGCGGAUGAGAUGGACGAGAUGAUGCGGAAGUUUGAGAAGAAUCUGGGGGAGAUCGAGGUGCACCUGCACGGCGUCCAGAGCAACAUGCUCGAGCAGCUGCAGCGGGCAGCGGCCCAGUCCAAGGUGGCCACCCAGGGCGGCGCGGAUGAGCGUAUCAUCGAGCUGGCGACGGUGCUGCGGGAUUUUGAGGAGAGCAUCCUCAAGGUUGCUGGUGCCGUGGGUGGUGUCAAGGAGGGGGUUACGGGCCUCCAGCUCAGGGACUUUAUGAGCCACAGCGGUUAACUUUACAGUACCCAGCAUUGCGAGCCGUGAACCUAGGAGUACCCGGCAACACCAUGGGUAGCAUGUAAUAUUCAUUCGCAUAACGCUAUGCCCGGUCAAAUCCGUGGUAGUGGUAUCUCAGACUUGCGCUGUCCUUAACCGUCACAUCUAACCGUAACCCGCCUUUGCGCCGGAAAUGCAAC